UGUCAAAACAAAAAUGAUCACCGAGACUACUAGUAUUUUUAAAAAUAGACUGUAAAUUUUUACCAAAAGCUGUAGCAUCAUAAUUUUCUUUAUUUUAAUGUGCUUAUUAAAGUGAUAAUGUUAUCUAAGCGUUUUUGUAGUGGAGUUCGUGGUAUAAAUAUACAUAAAUGUUUCGGCGUUGGUGCGAGACAGUUAUCCCGAUUGUAUGCUUUAGAUCAUGAGGAGAAGUUGGACGGAUGCCUCACCGCACUGCCCUCGCAGGCGAAGGUGGUGAUUUGCGGCGGCGGGGUAAUGGGGGCCGCCGUGGCUUACCACUUAGCCGAAAGAGGCUGGGGAGAUAAAACUGUGCUUAUUGAGAGAGAAUGUGUCGCGAGCGGCAGUCGCUGGCACUCUUCGGGUCUUGUCGGCAGCUUCAAGCCCUCUUUGGCUCAAGUGCGGCUCGCUCAGUCGUCCAUUAGACUACUGCAGGAACUAGAAGCGCGAGGCCGGAACACCGGGUGGAAACAAUGCGGCUCGUUGCUGCUGGCCCGCACGAGAGACCGCAUGACAGUAUACAGGAGAAUGAAGAGCCAGUCUGUUUCAUGGGGUAUACCAUGCGAGUUGGUUACACCACAACGAUGCCAGGAGAUUUGGCCGAUGCUCAAUGUCGAAGACGUACUCGGAGGCCUUUUCAUACCUGGCGACGGGGUGGGAGACCCUCAUUUAUUCUGUUUAUCACUCUUGAGGGAAGCCGUUUUAAAAGGUGUCGGGGUGAUGGAGAACUGUGCGGUGACAGCGGUGCUGUCGAAAGAUGGACGCGUGUCGGGCGUGGAGACCACGCAAGGCGCGGUGGAAUGCGACUACUUCGUCAACUGCGCAGGCUUCUUUGCCAGGCAGGCACGCCAGCUGAGCCGGCCGCAGGUUAAAGUGCCGUUACUGCCGUGCGAGCACUACUACCUGCACACUAAACCUAUCGACAACUUGGACCCUAUGACGCCAGUGGUACGCGACCCGGACGGUUACAUCUACUUGCGCGAGCGCGACGGCUGCAUACUGGCAGGCGGAUUCGAGCCGCUGGCCAAGCCCGUGCAUGACGAGCACAUAAAGAGCGUAUCGGACCGAUGCGUGCCUGAGGACUGGGAUCAGUUCCACGUGCUGCUGCAGCAGCUGCUAACGCGCGUGCCGGCGCUGGCGCAGGCCGCACUGCACCGCCUCUGCAACGGGCUGGAGGCUUUCUCCCCCGACUGCAAGUGGAUCGUCGGCGAGGCGCCCGAGAUGUUGAACUACCACGUGGCGGCGGGCAUGAAAACGGUUGGCAUCAGCGCGGCGGGCGGCGUCGCGGAGGCCACCGCGGACGAAAUGCUGGCCGGACAGUCCCCACGCGACUACUACGAGCUACAACUCAACCGCUUUCUAGCGCUGCACAACAACAAGCGCUUCCUGAGGGACCGCGUGCGAGAGGUGCCCGGUGUGCACUACGGUAUGCCGUAUCCGUUCCACGAGUUCUCGACAGGGCGCAACUUGCGCCUGUCACCGCUUUACCCCACGUUGCGCGACAACGGCGCCGUGUUCGGACAGGUCAUGGGCUACGAGCGACCCACCUGGUUCGAACCCGUCGACAAGAGUACGGUGGCGUCUCAGUCGCCACGCCCGUUCAAGAUCGCGUCGACGAAGACGUUCGGCAAGCCGCACUGGUUCGAGACCGUGCAGCGCGAGUACUGGGCCUGCCGCGAGGCUGUCGGCAUCGCGGACUACUCCUCCUUCACCAAGAUAGAUCUGCAGUCCCCGGGCGGCGAGGUCGUGGAUUUCCUUCAAUACGUGUGCUCGAACGACGUGGACGUGCCAGUGGGCAGCAUCAUCCACACCGGCAUGCAGAACCAGCGCGGCGGCUACGAGAACGACUGCAGUCUUGCCAGACUCGCGCACAACCAUUACAUGAUGAUAGCGCCGACGAUCCAGCAGACGCGCUGCAAAGUGUGGCUUUCGCGCCAUCUAGCGACGUGGGGAAUCAGUAACGGGGGCAGGGGCAACGGGGGUGUGACGUUAUCUGACGUGACGGCGCUGUACACUGCGGUGUGCGUUAUGGGCCCGUUCACGAGGUCGCUACUGGCCGAGCUGACGGACACCGAUCUGGCUCCGAGCAACUUCCCCUUCUUCACGUGCAAGGAGAUUGACGUCGGGCUCGCCAACGGAGUGCGCGCCAUGAACCUCACGCACACCGGCGAGCUGGGAUACGUGCUAUACAUACCCAACGAGUUCGCUCUGCACGUGUACCAGCGCCUGAUGGCGGCAGGAGAAAAGUACGGCAUCAGCCACGUGGGGUACUACGCGUCGCGCGCUCUGCGAGUGGAGAAGUUCUUUGCCUUUUGGGGGCAGGACCUGGACACCAUGACCACACCGCUCGAGUGCGGACGUACCUGGCGCGUCAAGUUCCACAAAAACAUCCCAUUCAUCGGUCGCGAGGCGUUGCUUCGUCAGCGCGAAGAGGGCAUCCGUCGUCAAUACGUGCAGUUGUUGCUGACCGACCACGACCAUGAGAUGGAUUUGUGGUCGUGGGGUAACGAGCCCAUCUACCGCGACGGAGACUACUGUGGCCAGACCACUACCACCAGCUACGGGUACACCUUUAAGAAGCAGGUGUGUCUCGGGUUUGUUCAGAAUUUGGAUAAGAACGGCAUAGCUCAACCCAUCACCAACGAGUAUGUGCUCAGUGGACACUAUGAGAUAGACAUUGCUGGCAUCAGGUAUGCAGCAAAAGUGAAUUUGCACUCGCCGAACUUGCCGACCAAGUACCCAGAUAAGGAGCGCGACGUGUACCAGGCCACCAGGAAGUUGCACGACCCAAACCAGUUCCUCGGGAGGCACUACCAACCCUGAUAGCUCACCAUCAUAGUAUCAUAGUCCCAAAAAUAAUAUGUGACAAUUUCAUUUGCAAAUUUAUUGCAUUUAAAAUAAUAAUAUUCAAAAAUAAUAUUUACAAAUACAAAUUCUUAUAGGUACUACAACAAUGUGAUCUUAAUCAAUAAAAACUAUGCUGGUAAAGCUGUAAACAACUUGUUAUUAAAGUUAAGUACUAUAAUAACCACUGUUCAAAAAACUAAUUAGUUUGUGCCAACGAAUUACAUGAUUAUAUGAGUGAUAAUUUUACCAAAUUACGCAAGUUUGUAAUAAUUAGUAGUAUGUUUUCAUAAUUUUAACAACCAGUACUCUACUCACCACUACAUAAAAAAAAAACAAAUUAUAUAUAUAACAAUUUAAAUGGUGUAAAUUUAGUUUCCUUUUAUAAACUCAAUUUAUAAGUAUUACUUGUACAGUUGUAAAUUAUUAAUAAAUUAAGGAUAACGAAAUUAAUUUUGUUUAAUUUUUUUAUUAUCUUAUGGUGUCUGCCAUUUCAUCUGUAUAUAAUAAUUUGGUUUCCCAUAUAUACGUUGUCCUUUAAAUUAAGUUUUAAGUCAGUUAUACAAAAGUCAGUUACAGACUCCAAAUUUUAGUUAAGUGCGAUGCAAAUGAACUACUGGCAUGGUGCAAGUUAUUUUGAGAUAGUACAGCAGUGACGUCACAACUACUGACUUUGUAAACAGUGAGCCAGCUCUUGGACACCAGUAAAGACAAAUUUGUAGUCAGUAACUGACCUGGAGUAUAUCUGCUUUAUUUAGUGACAAAUGAAAGCCCUUCUCCAAGACUUCUAUCUCAAUACUAAAGUUUAACAAGAUUUGUUAAACAGUUAAGGUGUAAAUGUUUGAAAAACAGACAUUACUUUCUAUUUAAAACAAUAAUUAUCGUAAAAAAAUCUGAUGUAGCUGAUGCCGAUACACUAUGUUUAAUUAAGGUUUGAUACUGAAUUAUUUUAUUUUAUUAUUUUUAAGGUUUACAAAGUAGUAGAUUCCUCAUUAUGUGAAUGACAACUAUGUUACCACUAGUGAGCAUAUGAUACUUCUGGUCUUCCCAUUGCAUCAUUGAUGUUUGAUAAUUUACUGCAGGAGACACAGCUUGCAUUUAAUUUAAAUUUAUCAACUCCAAAAAACAGGAGUUUUACUGCAAGGAUAACUCAAUUUCAACUGAAGAGGCAAAAGGUGGAAAUAAAAAGAAAUUAAAUAUUUUUUUUUUUAAAUACCUUCUAUCUAUUUCAUGUAUAAACUAAUGUUCUCACAAUGAACAUUCACUUCCCAAAAAAAUAUUUGUUCUAGCUGAUUCAAGCUAUCAGUCAAACACACAGCCUUGUGCUGUAGAUGAUAUUAAAACCAACAAAGCCCUGUCUGUCUGCCCAUGUGAGGAUGGCCUCAUACACAACCCUUUUGUCUAAUUGGCUUGUUCAACUAGUACUAUAUUUACAUUAUUGCAUUACAAUAACAAAUUACAGAGUCAUUCAUAUUUGAUAUAACCUAUUUAUUUACAGUUUCCUUUGUUAAAAUCUAAUUAUUUCUCCAUAUCAGGGAAAAUACUGAAAAUGUCAAAAGUGUGGCUUUGCGAAACCUGUGGUUUUCGUAGUUUUUCCUUUAUGAGAUCACAAGGUGAUUUUGAGCUAAAAUCAAAACGCACAAUGUUAGAGGGUAUCUUAUCCAUCAAGUAUGGUGCUGCUACUGGCUUAAGUCUAGAACUCAGAACUUUACCAAAUGGAGAGCAUUUUCCUCUCCGAAAUUUUUGCUUUAAGAUAUAUAACAUAUCAGUUUUACAAGGGAGCAAAGGUUCAGGAGUUAACACAUUUUCUGGUUCUCCAUCACAAUCAAUAAACUUUGGCUCAAAAAGGGAUUCAAAUGAACUACUACUACUGAGUUGCUCAUCUUUAUGUGUCACUGGACUGGGGCUCUUAAAAUUCAUUGAUUCUUGCACUGCUUUCACCAAGUCAAUGACGCAGUCAUCUUCAUUUUCAUCCUUUAGUCUUUUUGCAUCCUCUGCAAGUUUCUGUCUCUGUAAGGCUAAUUGAGCUAGUUCUUCCUCCUGUUUCUUUUUUCUUUCUUUAGCUAUCAACAUGUUGUUUACUUGUUGUGCCAGCACUUCUUGUAUAGGGCUGUCGGUUAAACUUAAUGUAGGAAACGGUAAUCGCUGGCCUGGAGACAUAGAAAGGCGUGUUUCUGAUACAGUUUCAUUUGGCCCACCAGUCAAAGUGGGCAGGUUUAGCCUCGGAAAUCGAUUAUCAACUGUGUUGCUUGUCUGUAGUGUGGUCUUUGAAAGGUGAUUGUCUACUAAUGCCAUUAGGGACGUGAAGGAAUCAGAGUCCGUCAUCUUUCCGAGUUGGACCCAACUAUUUUGUAUAAUAACACAAUUGCGUAAGUUAAUAGAAUAGCUUUAUGUACUCCGUAGCAUUAGAAAAGGUAGUAUGAAAUUGUACUUUCUUUUUCUUCUUAAAUAAAAGGUUUGAAUACGUUUAUCACAAUUCCGCCAAUGUCACGUAGAUUGGUCUGAACUAAGAAAUUGUACUUUGAAUUUUCACUUUAGUUACAAACAAACAAAGAAGAAAGAGGUCAGUACCACAG